UUAGAGCGCGUCAGCGCCUGCGCACUCCGCGCAGCCUUUUUUCACGGAGAGCAAGUUAUGCCUGCGUGCACGCAGUAGCAGUGAACCGAUCGCGCGAAGCAGACCGCUUGCGGAUCUGCACCAAUAAUUUCCGCGAAUCGCAAAUGUUUAGUUCUUAAAUCAUGGAUACAAUAAUCUCAAUAAUUUAUACCUUACUUAUAGUCAUUUGCCACAAUGCACAAGGACAGAAAAAUCAACUGCUUAGUGUAGCCCCCGAUUGUCCGAGCCUGGAGAAGGGAGAUAUCUACACGCAGUCUGAGUUCCUCGGGCGGCUGGCUCACCAAUGCCGCUACGACCGGCUGCUGCUGCCCACCUACCAGACCGGGGACACGGUCUACGUCCACGCCAGCGCCUACGUCUACUUCAUACAGCCCGCCGAGGCACAUGAUCUGAAUUUCAAACUUCAUUUCCUCCUCCAACUUCGAUGGACUGAUCCCCGAUUAGCAUACGCGUUGUACUCUCCAGAGAGAUCAAGGAUUAUUGGUGAAAGCGACUUGAGAGAGCGGAUAUGGGUUCCUCAUUUAUACAUGUCAAACGAGCAGUCUUCCAGCUUGAUGGGUACGGACAGUAAGGAUGUCCUGAUAUCAGUCACUCCGGACGGCGAGGUACUCUUCAGCCGGAGAAUGCAGGCAGUUCUUUACUGCUGGAUGAACUUACAGAAGUUCCCCUUCGAUGACCAAACCUGCUCAAUGAACCUAGAGAGCUGGAAGUACAACGCGUCCAUCUUACGACUGAUGUGGGAAAAGAACAACCCGGUGCGUUUGUCAUCGGAACUCCAUCUGACGGAAUACUCACUACUGGAUUUUUGGACCAAUGAAUCUGUUGUACGUGGAGAUAUUGAGAACAUGCGUCUCGGCGGAGGUAGAUCUGGAAAUUACAGCGCUCUGAAGUUCACGUUCAAACUGGGCCGUGAGGUCGGCUACUAUCUCAUGGAUUACUUCAUUCCAUCCAUGAUGAUUGUGGCCAUGUCAUGGGUAACAUUCUGGUUACAAGCGGAUGCAUCAGCUCCAAGAAUCACAUUAGGUACCAGCACCAUGUUAUCAUUCAUCACAUUGGCGUCAUCACAAGCGAAGACUCUACCGAAGGUGUCGUACAUCAAAGCAAGUGAAAUUUGGUUCCUGGGUUGCAUAGGAUUCAUCUUCUCAGCUUUAGUAGAAUUUGCCUUUGUCAAUACUAUCUGGCGUAGAAAGAAAGCGGUAAGCUUGAAGAAGGUGAACAGCAAGUACAUAUUGAAGAGCACGCUGACGCCGCGGCUGGCGCGCAAGGAGUUGCAGAAGGAGCUGCAGGAGUCGUCGCCGCAGCUCAGCAAGUCGCGCUCGUGCUCGUCUCUCAACCAGGAGACCAGCAGCGACCCGGCCGGGCCCGGCUACAACAACUACCUGACCGUACACAGCUUCCCGUCUGCCAUGAACCUGCCAACGAUCACGACGCAGAGCUUCGACGACCUCAUCGGGCAGGGGGGCAAGCAGCAGCAGGGCCACGGCAGCGAGGGGUCCGACGAGCCCCCCAAGCACACCUGGACCACCAUGACCCCGCAGGAAAUCGCCACGUGGAUCGACAAACGAUCGAGGAUCAUGUUCCCCCUUCUCUUCAUCCUGUUCAACAUCAUAUACUGGACAUUCGUUUAUUGUCUAUAAAUCGACGUUUUAUACUUACACAGCUCGUGUAAUUCCAGUCAAUUUAGUAUUAAAGUCCAUUGAUAUGAUUAGUCAGUGGUGUACGCGUACUGAUGUUUCAUCGGGAAACAUCGUGCCGGUAAAGGUAAACAAGUUUUGCGGUUUGUCGGUCAAAACUUUGUUCUAGCACUAACUUUAAGUGGCCAUAAUAAAUGUAUUCGAUAACCUUAAGGACAAUAUAAUUGUCCUCAUUAUUGCCAAUCAGCAAAACUUGCCUAAUAAGUGAUUACGUAAGGCGUUACAGGCACUUACGAUCUAUCGACUGCCACAGGAACUUCAUGAAAUGAGAUUAUAACUUUUUCAUCUCAAUACAUUAAUUAAAACGGUGAUCUGAUGGUAGAAUAUUUUUAUGUUUAUAUUUUAGCCAUAAUAUGCAGUCCUAUUAAAUUAGCAUAGUAAUGGCACAAAACUUAGUUAUUUAUUAGUAUACGUCCAUAAAUGAUUAUGAACAAAAUAGAUAGUUAGAUGUCGUAUGUAUAAGUAGAUAUGAACAUUCCUAUCGAAGGGAGUAACUAAGUUGUAUUUUUUAUUAAAUUACAUUACAAUAAUAUAUUUAAAAUAAGUUUCAAUAUAUUUAUUUGGUAUUUAAGUAUUUUAAUUUACCAAAUUGAACAGUCAUCUCAAGGUUGUUGUUAAUAAUGAUGAGAUUAGUCAAUUUAAGUCAAGUACUAUAACAUUCAAGGCAGUAUUAUUACCAAGUAGGUACAGUAGUCAAUGUACCUACCCGUUUGUUAGCUGGCGUUUUAGGUUUUUCGAGUAAAAUGUUUUGAUAAUGGUACUAUGCCUGAAUUAUUUAUAAUAGUUUAAUUUACUUCUAUAAUUUAUUAUUAUUUAUAUUCGCUAUAUUAUUUAAAAUGAUAAGAACGUCCAGAAUACACAACGAAUCACGACGGUCGGUAUUAUAAAACUUUUAUAAGUGUUUACUUAAACGAAAUAAAACCUAUAAGGUUUCAUUUGUAAGUAUUAUUACACAAUUUUAUUUAUAUUUAAGUGCCUUAAAGAGAUUAUAUUUUUAGAAUAAGCAUGUUUAUUGUAAUUUGUAGCUAGAUGCUGUUUGUAAUCUCAAUAAUAUAAAACUCGAAUCAUC